UCUCUAGUAGAUUCAACCUUGAGCCAAACAUUAUUUCUUUGCUCGAUUCCUUUAUCACCAUCCUGACUCUCUCCGAUCCAAUAUCACUUCUCUGAAUUCGUCAGUUGAGCGCGAGUCGCCUUAGUUUGACUACCCUACUCCAUUCUCCUCGUUAUCACCAACAAGCUCGCCACAAUGGGUGGGUGUGCCGCGGUCAUCCUGGUUAUUGUCAACCUAUUCUUUCCCCCGAUUGCAGUCUUCGCUCUGGCAGGAUGUGGGAUGGAUCUACUGGUCAAUAUCCUGCUCACAAUUCUGGGUUACUUCCCCGGGAUUUUGCAUGGCUUCUAUAUCAUUUGGGUCUACUAUGAUCGCCGCGAACAGGCCGCUCUGGGUCAACCCGCACCGAACAACGCGCCUGGCAUCUACAGCGAAAAGGUCCAGAACGGUGGUCGCAGCUACGGCACGAUGGCAAGGCCAGUGGCACCUGCACCGGCACCGGCACCAGCACCAGCCUACAACUGAGGUGUCCGCUGGUUGCGAGAAGUUUGCUUCCAUGCCAAAAUCGAGUUGAGUGCGCGAAGAUUACUAGGCGGUCUCUUGCAAUUGUCUGUACUGUUCGCUGGAUGACGCUGUAUCCUUACAUCCUAUCCUGCGUGGUAGUAAAUGGAAUUUGAUCAUUUCAGUUCGGCACGAACCGCUGUUUCAAACACUAAUAGUACGUACUUUUAAUGCCACUUGUCAAUUCGAUUGUCUCAAC